AUGUCCCGAGAGGAUUCUCGCGAUGCCGCUCCUGUCGACAUCGCUUUCGAUUCCGAAUAUGAGUCGGGUGCUGAACGGCAUGAUAAGGAUUACUGGUAUCACGAUGUCGCAGCUGGCACGGUCACCCGAUUUCAUGUGAUCGAGCGCCGAGCUCGCUUUAAUCCCACCUCAGUGAAGGACUGUCCUGUCGAUCCUGCGACCUUGACUGAUGUGAGGAUGACUAUGGCCAUGACCGAUGGCACGGAAUUUACGUUGCAGGAUUCAUGGAGAUCAUCCGAUGUGCGAUCUCUGCCAUGUCGAUGGACAGGAAAGACCGUUUUCGUUAUCGGUUCUUCUGCCAAAACACAGGUCAAGGUUCGAACCAGUCUGCCGAAUAACGACGGAACAGAGCGCCGAGUGCAAACGGCGAACGGCUAUUAUGGCCACGCCUUGCGUGCGAAGGGACGUGUUGUAGUCCCUGCUAAAUCCCGCGUCUGUGUUGUUACCGACCUUGAAUUCGAUCCCCCAAGCGGCAUGUCGGCCCGCCUUCAGCCGCUUCGCGGUAGUGGCCUCGAUAUUUGUCCGGCCAUGUAUACGUACAACGAAGGGGCCACCCAAUCCGGGGUCGACGUCCUUAAUCCUACCGACACCGAUCUUAUUGUCGAACCAGGACAGGAUGUGGCAGUGGUUCAGUUUUAUACUUCCGUGCUAGCCGCAGUUGAACUUGAUUUCACGGAUGAGGAUACCGGGGAUGGUACAUCUGCACCGGUAGAACCCUCCAACGAUUGUCUGGAUACCGAUGCAGCACCUGCGAUGUCUGUUCGUUCCGAUCCUCAUUCGCAUCGCUCUCCAGACUCUUCGGUGUUCUUUUACAGCGCGUGUGUCGCACGGCCUGUUGAUCGAAAAGAACGUGAACCCAAGAAGGCAUUUCCCGAGCUCACUUUUGGCGAUCAUGACACUACUGUCGCUCAGGGCUCUGUCGGUCCUCGCGAAAUCCGAAUGAUCAAGUACGAUAUGCGCUCGUUCAUGGAGCAAUGUGUCUCUCGCUAUGUUGAGCUCUGUGGUCCGAAAUACAAAGCCACCUUGCGGUCGGCUGACACGCCGUUUCUCGAUGAGUCACGACCGGAGUUCGAUACUAAUCCGGAUCGUCCCGAGGUGAACCGCUUGUUGGGCCAUCCCACCGAUACGCCUGUGCCUCCUGGUAAGGGCGUUCUCGGUGACUGCGCUGCCGCUGUCCUGAUGAAAAUCUUGUAUGGUGCUCGCAUGGGACGAUACGAUCUCAUCCGUCCUGUGCAGGCACUUGCUAGUCUCAUCACCAAGUGGGAUGGUUUGUGUGACAAGAAGCUUCAUCGUUUGGUGUGUUAUAUCAAUUCCACCCUCGAUCUCAAUUUAUAUGGUUGGAUUGGUGAUGCGCCCGAGAUGUUGGAGCUUGUGCUCUAUUGCGAUGCUGAUCUUGCGGGCGACCGCACUGAUUCCAAGAGCACGUCUGGCGUAUUCAUGGGGGUAUUUCAAUUGAUGAUGCUCACCAAUUCGGAGCAGCCAUAA